UAGAGGUGCUGAGAAUCGUCAUGGCUUCCGCCAACAGACUGUAGCUAGAGAGAAAGGCAGGAGAUCUGCUAUUCGGGGCCCGGCAUAUAUGUUUAAUGACCACUCAACCAGCCUUUCUAUAGAGGAAGAGCGUUUUCUGGAAGCAGCAGAAUAUGGCAAUAUCCCUGUAGUCCGUAAAAUGUUGGAGGAAUGUACAUCGCUCAACGUGAACUGUGUGGAUUACAUGGGCCAGAAUGCAUUACAACUGGCUGUGUCAAAUGAGCACCUGGAAAUCACGGAGCUUUUACUUAAGAAGGAAAACUUGUCACGGGUUGGAGAUGCGCUACUCUUAGCCAUUAGCAAAGGCUACAUACGAAUCGUGGAAGCCAUUUUGAACCAUCCCGCGUUUGCAGAAGGGAAGAGGUUGGCUACAAGUCCCAGUCAAUCGGAGUUGCAACAUGAUGAUUUUUAUGCCUACGAUGAGGACGGAACUCGCUUCUCCCAUGACGUGACCCCCAUUAUCCUCGCUGCCCACUGCCAUGAGUAUGAAAUUGUGCACAUCCUGCUGAGGAAAGGAGCUCGGAUUGAGAGGCCGCACGAUUAUUUCUGCAAAUGCAGCGAAUGCAACAAGAAGCAAAAGAAUGACUCUUUCAGUCAUUCUAGAUCCAGGAUCAAUGCCUACAAAGGUCUGGCGAGUCCAGCUUAUCUGUCAUUGUCAAGUGAGGACCCGGUUAUGACUGCCUUGGAACUAAGCAAUGAGUUGGCUGUGCUUGCUAACAUCGAAAAAGAAUUCAAGAACGAUUACAAAAAAUUGUCAAUGCAGUGCAAGGACUUUGUGGUUGGACUUCUUGAUUUGUGCAGAAACACAGAAGAAGUGGAAGCUAUCCUCAACGGAGAUGUUGAAUUGAACCAUGGGGAGCAUGGACGUCCAAGUCUGAGCCGCUUAAAACGGGCUAUAAAAUAUGAAGUCAAAAAAUUUGUUGCACAUCCAAACUGCCAGCAGCAGCUUCUCUCAAUCUGGUACGAGAAUUUGUCGGGUUUACGGCAACAGACCAUGGCAGUGAAGUUUUUAGUGGUUCUUGCUGUAGCUGUUGGAUUGCCAUUCCUUUCUAUGGCCUAUUGGAUUGCUCCAUGUAGUAAGUUGGGUAGAAUCAUGCGUGGGCCCUUUAUGAAAUUUGUGGCCCAUGCGGCCUCUUUCACCAUUUUCCUUGGGCUCCUGGUCAUGAAUGCAGCAGACAGAUUUGAUGGCAUCAAACUAAAGCCCAACGAAACCAUGAUAGAUAAUGCAAAACAGCUGUUUCGAAUGAAGACGUCGUGCUUCUCCUGGAUGGAAAUGCUGAUCAUCUCAUGGGUAAUAGGUAUGAUAUGGGCUGAAUGUAAAGAAAUUUGGUCCCAAGGUCCCAAGGAAUAUCUGUUUGAGUUGUGGAAUAUGCUAGAUUUUGGUAUGUUGGCUAUUUUUGCAGCCUCAUUCAUUGCAAGGUUCAUGGCCUUCUGGCAUGCUUCUAGAGCCCAGAAUAUUGUUGACGCUGAUACAGAGUUGAAGGACUUGUCAGAUGCAACAUUGAAGCCCAGCAUAAAGUACUACACUUUGGCAAGAAUAGACUGGGAUCCAUCUGACCCUCAAAUCAUAUCCGAAGGCUUAUAUGCAAUUGCUGUGGUUUUAAGUUUCUCACGCAUCGCCUAUAUUUUGCCAGCCAACGAAAGCUUUGGACCCUUGCAGAUAUCACUUGGUAGAACUGUGAAAGACAUAUUCAAGUUCAUGGUCAUAUUCAUCAUGGUUUUUGUGGCCUUCAUGAUAGGAAUGUUUAAUCUCUACUCCUAUUACUUGGGAGCAAAGCAGAAUGAAGCAUUUACUACAGUGGAAGAAAGCUUCAAGACUUUGUUCUGGGCAAUAUUUGGACUUUCUGAAGUAAAAUCUGUGGUCAUAAAUUAUAACCACAAAUUUAUUGAAAAUAUUGGCUAUGUCCUUUAUGGUGUUUAUAAUGUCACCAUGGUUAUUGUUUUGUUGAACAUGCUUAUCGCAAUGAUUAAUAGUUCCUUCCAGGAAAUUGAGGAUGAUGCUGAUGUAGAAUGGAAGUUUGCCAGAGCGAAACUCUGGUUUUCUUAUUUUGAGGAAGGCAGAACACUUCCUGUCCCUUUCAAUCUGGUUCCCAGCCCCAAAUCUCUGCUGUACCUCUCCCUCAGAAUAAAGACGUGGAUUUUUAAAAUACUGUUUUGCCACGCGACAGGUUUCCAGGAGGAUGCUGAGAUGAAUCAGGUAAACCAGCUGCCACAUACUAGAAUGACAUAUAUUUUUCUGUAGUUUUGAGUUGGAGGAG